GAACCGUCGUACAGACUCCGGUACAGAGCGCUGAAUCCCCGCCUACCGCUCUACCGAAGCUCCGCCCAACCAUUCUCUUCAAUCUCGCUCAGAAACACCUCAACCAACCACUCAAACAGGUAAAGGUGUGCUGAGCGUUCUGCCUGGAGUCACGCAGGUGAACCGUUGUUUCCGGGAGCACAGCUGCCAUGGCUGAGUCUCAGCUAGUAUGCAUGGACGAUGAAUAUGUUAACGUGAAAAUACCGGAGUCCAAGCCGGAGUUUUACUACAGCGAGGAGCAGCGGGCCGCGCUCGAGCAGCUCUUGAAGAACGGGGAUGGCGCGUUCAAGAUGCGCCUCAAAGAGGAUAAUAUUAAAGACUUUCUCUCUGCAAGGGAAAUCAAAUGGAUGCGGGACACCUUCCAGGAAUAUGACAGUGACUCGGACACCUGCUGCUCACGAUCGCCCCAUGAUACGAGUGAAGACUCAGGUGUCCACUCAACCUACUGGCCGACCAUGUCUGACACGGAGAUCCCUCCGCUAGACAUCGGUUGGCCUAGCAACGGCCAUUACAAAGGGGUAACUCGGGUGUCGGUUUACACCCACCCAUCCAAAACUAACAGUCCGCAUAUUAAAGAGGUGGUCCGCAGACUCAUUCAAGAAUCCACAAAGUUGGUUGCAGUGGUCAUGGACCUGUUGACGGACCUGCUGAUUCUGCAGGAUCUGUUAGAUGCUGCGAGUAAGAGGGGGGUGGCUGUGUACUUGCUGCUGGAGGAGAACGGCUUGCCGCACUUCCUGGACAUGAGCAGCAGGCUGCAGAUUUCUGCGCAGCACCUGAGGAACCUGCGUGUGCGAACCGUGAGGGGCUCUGGCAUGCCACUGUCCUUUGGUCAUCUGCCAGGAUCACUGUGUUCAAAGUACAUGCUGGUAGAUGGCGAGAAAGUGAUGUUUGGAUCAUACAGUUUUACAUGGAGUUCCUCUAGGAUGAACCGCAACACAAUCACUGUGAUGUCAGGACAAGUUGUUGACUUCUUCGACAAUGACUUCAGAGAACUGUAUGCUGUGUCUGAUAAGGUGGACCUGUACCGGGAGUUUCACAUCAGUAAGCCGGCCCUGCCAGUUCCUGUGCUGAAAACGCCAGCGGAACCCAACAAACUCACAGUUCCUGUAUCCACGUCACGCUUCCAGAUCUCUGUAGGGGACUCCAGACAGGCUGACCUAAAGGUGCCUGCACAUAAAUACCAUAAUCCUAAAUACUCUUUAGUCGUUGGAAACAGUCUAGGUGUGACUGGCUCCCUGCAGGAUCUUUCUAAGCUGAGAGACUAUGUUGACCAUGCCUCUGUGAAUAACAUGGAAAAAUUAAUCUACACCAAUGGAGAUAGUGUACGUCCACAGUCCCCUACAUCCCCAGAUGGGACAGAGGAUAUUAAGGGCGAUGGGAAGAAGCUUUCGCAGUUUGGUUCUAAAAAGCAGCGCUCUUCCUUCCGGCAUUUCUUGAAAGGCAGAGCAAACAACCAGAGUCCAGACACUCUCUCUAAAACAACCCAUCAAAGCACAAAACAACCCGUCACAGAUGCAAAACAGAUCAGUCAUACAGACACUAAGGUUACCAGCAACUCCAAGGAAGCAUCUUGGUUGGCCAAUCAUAUUAAUGAGCAAGAAGAUGCAUCCAAACACGUUACUCCCGCUCCUCGCAAGAUCUCAGAGACUGACAGCACUGGUGAAGUUGAAGACACAUUUGAGUUCAUAGAGAACACACCACAGGUCAAGUUUAAACUCAAGAAGAACAAAAUGGGUCCAAGGAGUGUUUCUCUUCAGACUAUUGCCACAGAUGGCGAGGAUGGCCAGAGAGGGCGGAGGCGUAACCAGAAGAAGGCCUGUAUUCAGUCCUGAGGUGUCUCUGCCAGAGGAAUCAACAAGAACAUGUGCUUAUAAAUCAGGACUUUGGAUACUAGGACAGGUUUCAACAAGAAUAUUAACAGUAUAUACUGUAAAAAAAAAAAAAAAAAAAAGGAAAUUUUCUUUAUUAUGUUCAGUUUGGACAAGAUGUGGAUAGUGAUUCUCCCUACAAUAAUAUUGAUUCAGCUGUCAGCUGAAAAAUAUUGGUGUAGUGUUUUUUUUAUUAUUAAAAAAAAAAGUAUUUGGUGCUGUGUUUUUAAAGGGAAGUGAGGUUGUUUGAACAACCUCCAAAAAGCUGCUGACACUGUGAGGAGCUGGUGUCAGAAAAAAAAAUGACUGAACUAUAGUGCGCAUGCAGUGAUCAUGUGACCUCCUGUCAGUUACAGAGCUCAUAGGUGGACUGCGGAGAUCUUUAAAUGUAAGAGUCUGAAAAUGUAGCAUGUUACACAUAUUUCCUGUUCAGCAGAUCUCUGCCCUGCAUAUUUAUCCAGUCCUAAUCAGUUGCACGUACCCAAUCCUCAAGUCUGUGGGAAAAGCUCCAUAGCAAAGCUGACAGAUUACAAAUGAAAACAUGUCUGAUGAGUAACCAUUAAAGGUGCGGUCACUUUUACUGCACCUGCAAAAUUUCGCUGGUGAAAUCCAGCCAUUUCAAUAGGAAUCUGUAAGAUUGGGAGUUUUGCUUGAGGGUGAAAAGGUUCCCCAUGCACAUUUAAUUUGGUCACGUGAAAUCGCUGCAUUGGUGUUUGAACUGCUUGGUUUGAAUGUGACUUCUAAAUAUAUAAACCUUUUUGCCCUCGAAAUUUCGCUGAAAUUUUGUUAGUGUGAUGUCAUCUUCAUUAUAUCAAUUUGUUAAAAAAAAACAAAUGGUGUCCAGCAAUGUAAAACUCAUGGCUUUAUGUUUUGCAUGGAAUGAUUUGUACACUUUUAUUAUUUUAUAAAUAUAAAUGUCUGUACUGUUCCUUUAAGAUUUCACACAGAACACAUUCUUGAUUUUAAAGAUGCAAAAACAACACAGUGGAAUGUUUAAGAAUGUCUUGAGAUAGGGUUUUUAUAAUAAAAAGCAAACAUCUGUUUUGCAUGUUAACAUAAAACAAUUACAACGCAGCACAUUGGAAGGCAAAAAAAAAUGUGUUCGUGUGAACUUACGGCUUAGGGAAAUAAUAGAUGUUAGAUCAAGAGUGCCAAUAAAUAAAUUGAG